AUGGCGUUCAUCUGUAAAUCUCCUCAUCAAUUCCUGAGGUCACCCCUUUUCAUACCUUCUUCAUACCAAGGGAAUCGGAUUCAUUUCCCCUCCAUUAAAAGGGUGCAAAUCACAAAUUCUUUUCCAGUCAUUAAAGCUCUAAAACCGGAUGAUGAUGAUAAUGCCGUCAAGAAGGAAGAUAUAGUGAUUAUCGGAGCUGGGAUUGCCGGAUUAGCCACUGCUGUUUCACUUGAAAAGAUGGGGAUUAAGUGUAAAGUUCUUGAGCAAGCAGAUUCGCUUCGAACUGGUGGAACUUCAUUGACCCUUUUCAAGAAUGGAUGGAGUGUGCUGGAUGCCAUUGGAGUUGGGACUGAACUCAGGAGCCAAUUUCUGGAAAUUCAGGGGAUGGUGAUUAAAUCAGAAGAUGGAAAGGAGCUGCGGUCCUUUAACUUCAAAGAUGUGGAUGCAAGCCAAGAGGUCCGUGCUGUGGAGAGGAGAAUUCUACUUGAAUCACUUGCAAAUCAGCUUCCACAAGAUGCCAUUUCUUUCUCCUCAAAGCUGGCUAAUAUGGAAAAGAAACAAGAUGGGAACACUAUACUUAAACUUGAGGAUGGUAACCAGUUAUCCGCCAAGGUGGUGAUUGCGUGUGAUGGGAUCAGAUCUCCAGUGGCUAAAUGGAUGGGAUUUCCAGAUGCUAAAUAUGUCGGAUAUUGCGCAUUUCGAGGAUUGGGAGUGUUCCCGAACGGACAACCAUUUCAACAGAGAGUCAAUUAUAUCUACGGAAAAGGAAUACGUGCUGGAUUUGUUCCAGUGUCUUCAACUAAGGUCUAUUGGUUCAUCUGCUACAACAGUUCAUCUCCAGGGCCAAAGAUCACCGAUCCUGCAGUAUUAAGGCAGCAAACAAAAGAAUUAGUCCGGGAUUGGCCAUCAGACCUAUUGAACAUAAUUGAUGCAACUCCAGAUGACACGAUCAUAAAAACUCCUUUAGUGGACAGAUGGUUAUGGCCAGUGGUAACUCCUCCAGCUUCCAAUGGAAAUGUUGUUCUUGUUGGUGAUGCUUGGCACCCGAUGACCCCGAACCUCGGACAAGGCGCUUGCUGUGCACUGGAGGAUUCCAUAGUCUUAUCCAAAAAGCUUGCAGAAGCCCUGCAAUCUGGAACAAUGUCUAUUGAAGAUGCAUUCAAAUCUUACCAGGAUGAAAGAUGGGGACGUGUUUUUCCAUUGACGAUACGGGCAAAUGCAGUAGGAACACUGCUGCAGUUGGAUAAUCCCUUGGUUUGUGCUGCCAGAAACAACAUUGUCAUUCCUAAGCUGGUUAGACUUGGACCCAUGUUGGAACACACCAAUUUUGAGUUUGAACCUUUCUUAAGUAAAUGA